CACUCCAACUCUGACAAAGGCGACGGUUCCGUCAGGUACCUGCUCUCUGGCGAGGGGGCGGGGACAAUCUUCAUCAUCAACGAAGUGACGGGUGACAUCCAUGCUGCCAAGAGUCUCGACCGUGAGAAGAAGAGCCAGUACGUGCUGCACGCCCAGGCCGUUGAGCGCUACACCAACAGGUCCUUGGAACCCGAGUCAGAGUUCAUCAUCAAAGUCCAGGACGUCAAUGACAACGCCCCAUGGUUCCCUGAUGGACCGCUCGCCGCCACCGUCCCUGAGAUGGCUGACGUGGGCACUUCGGUGGUUCAGGUGACAGCCACAGAUGCAGAUGACCCCACCUAUGGGAACAGCGCUAAGAUCGUCUACAGCAUCCUGCAGGGACAGCCUUACUUCUCUGUGGACCCUAAGACCGGUGUGAUCAGGACGGCCCUGGCAGGUAUGGACCGUGAGGCUAGGGAACGCUACUUCCUGGUUGUCCAGGCCAAGGAUAUGGCGGGCUCCGUGGGCGGCCUAUCAGGGACCACAACUGUCAACGUCACUCUGACUGAUGUCAACGACAACCCACCCAGAUUCCCACAGAAGAGCUAUCAGCUCUACGUGUCCGAGUCGGCCGCCGUGGGCAAGGCUGUCGGCAGAAUCAAGGCCAGCGACGAGGACCUCGGGGUGAAUGCAGAGAUGGAUUACGUCAUCACCAACCCCGAAGCUGCUGCCGUGUUCUCCAUCAGCACUGACAGCGAGCACGGGGAGGGGAUCAUCUCACUCAAACAGCCUUUGAACUAUGAGAAGAGGAAGACCCACACACUUCACAUCGAGGGCGUCAACACACAUCUGGACCCUCGCUUCUCCCACCUCGGCCCCUUCAGGGACUCCACCUCGCUGCGGGUCAUCGUGGGCGAUGUGGACGAGCCCCCACUCUUCUCCAUGGACUACUACAUCAUGGAUGUCUACGAGAACUCGCCCAGUGGAACGCAGGUUGGCAUGGUGACCGCCCAGGACCCUGACAGCACCAAGAGCCUCGUAAGGUAUUUCAUAGAUAACAGUGAGGAGGGUCCGGUGUAUUUCACAGUGGGUGUCAACAGCGGCUUCAUCAGGACCACUCAGCCUCUGGACAGGGAGGGCGUGGCCUGGCACAACAUCACUGUCAUGGCCGCUGAGGUCGACAACCCUCGUCUGGUCAGCCAGGUUCCCGUGACCAUUCAGGUGCUGGACGUCAAUGACAACGCUCCGGCCAUCGCAGGGGAGGAUGACGACAUCAUAGUGUGUGAAAGUUCCAGAGUUGGCCAGGUGAUCCAGACCAUAAGGCCUGCAGACAUGGACAACUUUGCCAACGGUCAUUUCUCCUUCGCUCUGCCCAGAGAGCUCCCAGACAACCCCAACUUCACCUUGAAAGAUAACGAAGACAACACAGCCAGCAUCAUAUCACGCCGGCGUGGGUUCCAGAAGGUGGAGCAGGAGUCGUAUCAUCUGUCGGUGGUGGUGUGGGAUGGGGGGGAGCCCAUGCUGAGCAGUACCACCACCCUGAACAUGCGUGUGUGUGUGUGCCUCCGAGGCACCAGGGGGCACAACCUCUGCCAGGCCCAGGCCUUCCUCUCCACGGCAGGCCUCAGCACCGGAGCCUUCAUCGCCAUCCUCCUCUGCAUCCUCAUACUUCUGGCCAUAGUGGUAAUGUUCCUGACCCUGCGCAGCAAGAAAGCCAAUAAGGAACCUCUCAUUCUCUCUGAGGAGGACGUCCGUGAGAACGUGGUAACCUACGACGACGAGGGCGGCGGGGAGGAGGACACGGAGGCCUUCGACAUCGCUGCGCUACGCAACCCCGCUUCCUCAGAGCCGAGGAGGCUACGCCACCGUCGAGAGGUGGAGCCAGAAGCCGCCUGGUUGGUGAUUGGCUGCCAUCCGCGAGUAGGCGGGAGCAGCCUGUCGGCUUCCUCCUGUUCGGUCCUGGACAGCAAUGACAUCAUUCACCGUGUCAUCAGGCAGAAAGUCGUGGAGGCAGACCAGGACAAUAGAGGGCCACCCUAUGACUCACUGCAGACCUACGCCUACGAGGGUCGGGGCUCCCUCUCGGGGUCCAUCAGCUCCCUGGGGCUGGCCACAGCGCUGCCUGAGCUCAGCUACUCCGACCUGGAGGACUGGGAGCCCGAGGCACACACUCUGGCCCGUCUGUUUGGAGAGCACAUUUUGGAACACAGCCCCUAGAUUGGGUGCCUGGUCACAGAGACGACCCUCCAGCCAUCUUUCCUCCCCCCUCCUGGGAUCAUGUCACCCUGUUUGGAUUGAGAGGAGGUGCUGUUGUGGAGGUGAGGUUAACCAUUGUGUCUCUGGAUUGGAUCUUCUUUGGAAAGAGCGUAUUAACAUAUUUUGGAAAACUAAAAUUCUGAAAAGACUUCAAAUAAAACGUCACGGUUUGGAAAAAGGAGAAAAGGAAACUAUUUUCCCUAUUGUAUAUUUUUAUUGAUAAAUAAAGCCCAAUUGUUUGCGAGAGAUGAAGUGAUUUACAAUUCAUGUUGUAAUGAAUCCUAUGUUCUACCCUUAUACUUGAUACCUGGGGGUAUUCCUGUGGAACCAUGUUGGUAAGUACUUACAGUUUUCUGUGUAGACCGUCCAAGGUCGUUCCAGUACUUCACUAAUUCUGUGUACUGCAAAAACAAGUCAAUGAAAUUCUUCACAAGAGCAGAGAAAGUUUUAAUUGGGUAACAACGGCACUGUAAGCGUUGUUAUUGGCUUCAAAUGCUUUGGUGUGCAGCUUUUAUGGCCAUCCUGGGGUUUCCACAUGAGCUCUGAGAAGGCCUGGUGUGUUCCUGCAGUACUCUUGAUCAGCACCCAGGGGAUCCCAGCGAGAAAAAAUACGAACAAACUGCGUUCAUUAUGUUGCCAAUGUCAGGAAUGAUGUGGCAAUAGAAUUAACUGAAAAAUAUUUUUUAAGAUUCAACUGCCAUCAUUUCUUACAAAGUAAUUUCAAAGGGAACUAAUGAUUAUGUGAAAGCACAUCAAUUUACUCUGUUUUUAAAACUAGAUUGCUAUAUGAAGAGGUCUGGUUCUGUCUGCUGAGUAACCUAUAAAGGGAAAUGAGGUAUGAUGGCCCACGACAGAACCCCCACACAGUUUCAGUAGAACAGUCUGUUCCUACCGAGGGUAAUCGCAGAGCAUGUGUGUGCGUGGUCUCUUUGAAAACAACUUUAACGCCAACAACCGUUAGCAUUCUGUUUCCAUUCAACAGAAAUCAUGAAUUAUGCAUUACAUUACAAUUUCUUUUGAGGAUGGUAUUUGAAGACAAAAGGGAAAAUAUAUAAAUAGCAUCUUAAUGGUCACUUUUUUGUUUUUGUUUUUUGCAAAUCUAGCUGCCAUUGCCAAUCCUAAUGAUGAACAUGAUUACUAUUUUCUUCUUUCACAUUCCUGAAUAACGCCAGUGAGGUGGACCACACUAAAUCCAGACUUUAUAUUUUCAUCCCAGCCCAUCUUGGUGCAGCAUUCAAAGUCAUUAAAACAGGAUAGCGGUUUAUGGUAUUCUGUUCUGUUGUGUGUUGUGUUGCUGAUCAGUCACUGGCAUAGUACUGAAGAUCAAGAGAAAACAUUUUGAUCAACAAGAAACAAGACAGAUGCUUGCCAUUAAGAUUUUUUCAUCAUAUCAGGAGAAAUGCAAGCAGCACAGGGUAUAGACGUCACCACUAAUGUUAUCUUAAUUGCUAUUCAAAAGAUCACACCAGAAGCCAUAAUGAUUGUAGAAAAUGUUGCCCCUUUGCUUUUU